AUGGACCCAGUGGACAGUUUGUACGAGGUGGAGUACAUUUUGACAUGUUUGAGGAAUGACUUUAGAUAUGCCUCCAGUAGUGAAGAGAGGCAGUCAGUUUUUUCUGCGUCACGGAAGCCAGGCGGUAACCUCAAGGCCCUGGUUGAGGGAGUUGCUACCCGAGUGGGUGGAGGACUUUUUGGCAGCUUUGAGGUCAAACCUGUUUCCCGGCCUGCUGGCCCCAGGCAUGCUAGCUCCCUGCCUCCCAAUUCCCAACCUGACGCCAUACGCCUCGGUGUCUUCCAUCUGGAGUCAACCCCUGCUUCUUCCCCAGUUCCUGCUCCUGUCCAGGAGCCGUUCUCUGGGCUGAAGAUCCGCGAGGUGAUGAUCAACGUGUCCCGGCAGCAGGUGGAGGACUUCCAUGGCCCGGAGGACUACUGGUGUCUGUGUGUCGCCUGGAGCCACCUGGGGACCUCCAAGAGCCGCAAGGCCACCGUGCGCAUCGCCUACCUGAGGAAGAACUUUGAGCAGGACCCCCAAGGCACAGAGGUGCCUCUGAAUGGCAUGAUUGUGUUGCACUGUCGUCCCCCAGAGGGAGUGCCUGUGGCUGAGACUCCGCGACGACGACCUCGGACGCGCUCAGGACCCUCUCUCUCCGCUGCAGACUUCGAGCUGUCGGGUCUCGGUACUCGAAGGGCGGCGACACCGGAGAAGCGGGGGUGA